CCGACCACUCUUUGUUAAGAGGCUUGGGCAGGGUUGCUUGCUCUUGUCGUCUAAAUUAUCAAGGCCUGAUAUUUGUAGUUGGCAAAUUGAGCCUAGACCUCCCUCAGUAGCCACUGAGUAGGCGUGAUGUUGAAAUGUACCAGACGCAGAAGCUGAAAGUGAAAUUAUUAAGCAGGAGAGAGAGAGUAUUUGUACUAUCAUUGCCACCUUUACUACUCCUAGUACUACAACCAAUACAAAUAAUAAAAAUUAUAAUUAUUCCCGGAAGAAAUAAAAAUUAACCCGAGAGCGAUCUGGCACAACACUGUUCAAAAGACAUCCCUGCAGAAACAACAACAACAAGGACAGACGCCACAUAGCAGUGCUGCGUUCCUUUACAAGUCACAACACGCUGCAGCAUGGCAGAUAACGAGCGAUGGCUGACGGCCCACCACGACCCCCUGGCAGCCCUGUACACCUUCAGCUCCUGCAUGGCUCUUGCCGACCUGCACGGGGAUGGGGAGGCCAAGCUAAUCAUUGCAGAUCUUGGCACUGGAGCAUAUAACAUGAAACUGAAGGUGUACAAGGGGACGAACCUCAUGUCCGAGAACACCUUGAUUGAUCUGCCCACAGGUGUUAUAACCUUCCACAUGGACACCACAGAACCCAGGGUGCCAGCCGUUGCCGUUGCCUCAGGGAGUUACAUUUAUAUAUACAAGAACCUCCGUCCAUACUUCAAGUUCACGCUGCCGACGCUGGAGGUGAACCCAGCUGAGUUUGAUGCCUGGGGUCAGGCGCGGGAUGACCUGCUGGACGUGAGCAUGCUGUACGAGAUCCUGGACUCCCUGCGGCAGGAGGUGGGGGAGUGCGGCCUCACCACGCGCUCCCAGAGGUUCCUUAUGUGUCCGGACCACACCUCCCAGACUGCCUUUCUUGACCAGCACAAGGGGUUCAUUCUCAAGCGGCAGACAGUAGUGACCUGCGUCUCCACCCUGAAGAAGAGCCACUCGGAGGAUGACGCAAUCUCCUGCCUGGUCUUGGGUACAGAGAGUGCAAAUAUCUUUAUCUUGGAUCCUGAGGCUUUUACUAUCCUCAACAGUAUGAGUCUACCCAGCGUCCCAGUGUUCCUCUCAGUGACAGGCCUGUAUGAUGUGGAGUACCGGAUCAUUGUGGCGUGUCGCAACGGCCAGAUAUACACGCUCAAACGGGGCACCAAGAUUGGCCGGCCCACUGCUGAAUUAACCUCCCAGCCCGUUGGCCUCAUUCGUCGGGACAAGACUGUUAUUGUGGCCACCAUGGACCACCACCUUCACUCCUUCAAUAAUAAGGGGAAGAGACUAUGGUGCAUCAAGCUCCCUGGGGCCGUGCUGUGUCUGGAAUGCCUGGAGUUACGCACUCUGAGCCUCACCCUGGUGGCGCUGGCUCUGGCCGACAACCGGGUGCUCAUCUACCGAGACAAACACCUGGUUGACACAAUACACACUGAAGACCGAGUGUCCGCCAUGAGGUUUGGUCGGUUCGGCCGCGAGGAUAACACAUUGGUUCUUGUUUUGAAAGGAGGCGGUCUGGUGGUGAAGAUACUGAAGAGAACAGCUCGGUUUGACAUCCAGGACGCAGAUGGGCCGUCACAGGGGCAGGUGGUGAAGCUGAACAUCCCCAAGAAGACUAAGCUGUUUGUAGACCAGACUAUGAGAGAGAGGGAGAACUGUGUGUUGAUGCACCGAGUGUUCCAGCAUGACCUGUACCGCCUGCGCCUCAGCACCGCCCGGUCAUACGUGCAGGCCCUUGAGACCAGCAGCAACCCCAUCUCCCUCUCCCAGACCGAGCCCCUCAAACUCUCUGCCCAGGUGUUGGGCCUCGGUCCGACCUUCAAGCUGAGAGUGGAGCUCCAGAACACCUCCCCUUCCUGCCCCUCCCUCCACCUGGCUGUCAUCUUCCACUGUGAUGACCGCGUGUACAGCGUCAACAAGUCAUAUAUACAGAUCCCAAUCCUAGUACCAGGCAUCAUUCAUGUGGCAGAAACCCUACUGACCUGUGUGUCGGAGCUUGGCAUAUCUGACACAGUGAGGGUGUUUGUGGUGAAGGGAAAGUCGUCAAGGCCACUCCUUACUGCUGUUAUUAAUAUGCCAGUGGCUGAGGUGUUCAUGGCAGCAUAAAGAAGAAGAGGAGGAGGACUUAAGGACUGGUAGAGAAUGGAAUGUUAAAGAUCAGAAA